AUGGCGUCAGCGGCAGACGGGCUCGAUGUCACGACCACCAAUGCCACGACCGGUCUCAACUCAACUGCCACAGGUGCUGGCAACUCGACUGUCAUUGACUGGCCGGCCAUAGAAAUUACUCCUCAUGCCGCCACACUCGCCCAGGCCUUCGUCGGCGUGACGGCUGUGCUCAUGGCCCUGUGCACCUUUAGCUUCGUGACUCGCAUCUAUCAGCGAGUCGUGCCAGUAUGGAAAGUCGGCUUGGAUGACUACUUCAUCGUAAUCGGCUUUAUCCUCACUUGUACGAACUGGGCCAUGUUAUUCCCGACCAUGAUCCUUCAACCUGGCGAGAUCUCUUGGGACCGCAGCAUGUACGCGAUGAAGAACUCCUGGCUCGCCAUUGGUAUCUGGGGCUUGUCUAUGACCGCCAUUAAGAUCUCAAUCGCCCUCACCCUCCUUCGUAUUCAGGGCAAGAAGCUCGGAUGGCGCAUCUUUCUCUACAGCAUCAUAGCCAUCCAAACAGUCUACGGCGUCGGCAAUGUUCUCUUCAACACCGCCAUCUGCUGCCGCCCCCUGAGGGCUGCUUGGGACUUUUCUUUGAUUCUCAGCGGUGAGGGCAAGUGCGUCUCUUACGAAGUUCAGCGUGCCGUGUCGAACAUCGGCUCCGCCAUCAACAUCACGACCGACGUUCUCCUCUCCUUCGCCCCGGCCACCUUCCUCCGCAAACUUAACCGCCCCCUGCGCGAACGCAUCUUUGUCUGUGUCCUCAUGGGUAUGGGUAUCUUAGCCAGCGUCUCGUCCAUCAUCAAGACCAUCGAGAUCCAGAACUAUGGCAAGGAUGCGGAAGUUUCAUGGGCCUACAGCGUGCGCCUCUGCACAUGGACUGCCCUCGAGCAGCACCUUAGCCUGCUUGCCGCCUGCGUGCCCGCCAUAAAGGGUAUCCUCCAGCGCUGCCUGACCGCCAUGGGCGUCAACAUCACGCAGACCGGCUCGCGCGCUGCCCGCUCAGGCUACUACAUCCACGAUCGCAGCACCAACGGUGUGACGAUGGCCUCACGUGACCGCAUCGGCACGCUCAGCAGGACGCAGAAAGGCGGCGUGGAGACUAAGACGUACUCGCGCAAGGAUAAGGAUGAAUAUGAUGACGAGACGUGCAUCGAUCUGCCGGACAUGAGCCGCAACGGCUCGACCAAAUCCCUGGGCAUGCGCUCGUCCGACAUGCGCUCGUCGGAUAACGGUCGCGACUCGCCCCGCGACCAUUCUGUUGAGCAUUUCCCCGCGCAUGCUGUAUAA